CCACUUUAUUGGAAACAUCAAUAUGAAAAGUUCGGUAGUAGUUUCGAUAUUUAUUCUAUCAAUAUGCUUCGGUUCAACUUUUUCGUCGAAUAUUCUCUGUCUCUUUACUACAACUGGAACAUCGCAUCUUAUAAUUCACAUGGCUAUUGCCAGAACUUUGGCUGAAAGAGGUCAUAAUGUCACUGUUGUGACAAUAUUACCUCUUAAUGACAAGAAUCCAAAAUACCAUCAUAUCUAUCUUCCUCCUGAGAAAGAGCAUUAUGCUGAAUAUCGAAAAAUGCUGAGUACAGCAAGUGGUGGAAAAACUUGGUGGGAAGGAUUCAAACAUCUUUUUUGGGCCAAUGUUGAACGAACUCGAAUACAGGAUGAUGCUAUUAAAAAUCCACGUUUUCAAGAGCUGCUAAACAAUCCAGGAAAUCAAUUUGACACAGUGAUCUUGGGAUUGGUUCUAAAUACUUAUCUUAUUGGAAUAGCAGCUCAUUUCAAGUGUCCGGUUAUCCUGAGCUGGGUAAAUCAACCUAGUCAAGGUUUGCUGGGUUUGGUUGGAAGUCCUUGGUCAAUAUCUACUGUUCCUGUAUUUGGUGUUGCAUCCUCCGAUAUGGUGUAUUUCAAAUACAGAUGGAAGAAUAUGUUAACUGCUGGACUAUUAGUUGGUAUUGAAGAAUUUGCUGAAUAUCAAAUGGUGCAAUAUUAUAAUGAUCAUUUUCCUGCAGAGAAAUAUCCUUCCUAUGAUGAAAUGCAGAAGAACAUAUCGCUUGUUUUUAGUGCUACACAUUUUAGUGAAGGAAGAAUACGACCUUUGACACCAGGUUUCGUAGAAAUUGGAGGAAUUCAGGUCAAAGAAAAACCAGAUCCACUUCCGACGGAUAUUGAAGAAUUCCUAAAAGAUGCCAAUGAAGGUUUUAUUCUCUUCAGCUUGGGAACAAAUGUAAAGACCACAGUUUUCUCCUCAAAUACAACUUCAGCAAUGUUCAAAGUCCUUUCACAAUCGAAAUAUAAAGUUUUAUGGAAAUGGGAUAGUAUUGAUCCUCCUGGCAACUCACCGAAUAUCAUGUUCCGAAAUUGGUUUCCUCAAGAUGAUCUUCUUGCACAUAAGAAACUCAAACUUUUCAUUACUCAUGGAGGUAAAGGAAGCUUAGUAGAGGCUCAAUAUCAUGGAAUUCCGAUGUUAGCUAUUCCAGUUUAUGGAGAUCAACCAGCAAAUGCUAAUGAACUUGUUAACAUGGGUUAUGGAUUGGUUGUGAAUCAUAGAAAUUUGACGGAAGAAAGUUUUCGAAAUGAUUUUUAUGAAGUUCUUGAAAAUCCUAAAUAUUUGGAAACAAUUUCCAAGUUUUCAAAUUUGUUCAGAGAUCGACCAUUGUUACCGAGGGAGAGUGUGAUUUAUUGGACGGAAUAUGUUAUAAGACAUCGUGGAGCCAAACAUAUGCAGAGUCCAGCUGUUCAAAUGAGUUUUUUACAGAAGAACAGUCUUGAUGUUGUAGGUGUUUUAGGGUUAGUUUUGUAUUUAAGUUAUUGGGUGUUUAGAAAAAUAUUAACGGUAUUGUACACUUUGUUCAUAACGAUAUCAAACAAAAAAUUAAAGUUUGAAUAAGUUAGUAGGCAUAUUUGAAAAUAAAGUUUGGUCAAAAUGGA